UCGUAGAUUCCUUAAUAAGUAUUGGUUUAAGGAGUAUUGGUAAAGUCUUAAAAUAGUAAACUUAUUCUAUUUAAUCAUAAUUAUCUUUGAAUAAUCUUAGUUAGCAUAUGGAUUGCUUGGGAAAUUAAGUAUCAUUUGAAAAUUAUUCCUUUAUCCAGUAAAUAUUUGUCUACUAAAUAAGAUCUAGAGCUAUGAACAUUUUAAGAUAUGGUACCCAUCUUCAAAAUUCUCCCAGUGGGAGCAGGGAACAGAGAAACAUGCUGUUAUCAAAGUGCUUUUAAUGUAGCUUUCACUGUUAAAGACAUCGUUGGAGUUUGUUCACAGGGUAGCAAAUAAAAUGUAUACUUAUACGCUAUGGGUUUAGUGUUGAAUGUUUUCUCUAAAAAUGUUAUUGGCAGUGAAGUUAAAAUUUGGAUUUUAAGAUAUACAAGAAGCAUCACCCUAAUCGAUGGUUUCUUUUUCUUUAUUAGACGCUUUUCCUUCCGUCCGGCACCAGAUCCUUACUGUCAAGCUAAAUACACUUUCUGUCCAACUGGCUCACCUAUUCCGGUUAUGAAGGGUGAUGAUGUCAUUGAAGUCUUUCGGUUACAAGCCCCAGUAUGGGAAUUUAAAUAUGGAGACCUCCUGGGACACUUGAAAAUUAUGCAUGAUGCUAUUGGAUUCAAGAGUACUUCAACUGGCAAGAACUACACAAUGGAAUGGUAUGAACUUUUCCAACUUGGAAACUGCACAUUCCCCCAUCUCCGACCUGAAAUGAAUGCCCCAUUCUGGUGUAAUCAAGGUGCUGCCUGCUUUUUUGAAGGAAUUGAUGAUGUUCACUGGAAGGAAAAUGGGACAUUAGUUCAGGUAGCAACCAUAUCAGGAAACACAUUUAACAAAAUGGCAAAGUGGGUAAAACAGGACAAUGAAACAGGGAUUUAUUAUGAGACAUGGACCGUCCAAGCCAGCCCAGAAAAAGGGGCGGAGACAUGGUUUGAAUCCUAUGACUGUUCCAAAUUUGUGUUAAGGACAUAUAAGAAGUUGGCUGAACUUGGAGCAGAGUUCAAGAAGAUAGAAACCAACUACACAAGAAUAUUUCUUUACAGUGGAGAACCUACUUUUUUGGGAAAUGAAACAUCCAUUUUUGGGCAAACCGGAAAUAAGACUCUUGCUUUAGCCAUAAAAAGAUUUUAUUACCCCUUCAAACCACAUUUGUCAACUAAAGAAUUUCUGUUGAAUCUCUUGAAAAUUUUUGAUGCAGUGAUUAUAUACAGACAGUUCUAUUUGUUUUAUAAUUUUGAAUAUUGGUUUUUACCUAUGAAAUUUCCUUUUAUUAAAAUAACAUAUGAAGAAAUCCCUUUACCUAACAGAAACAACACAAUCUCUGGUUUAUAAAACCUUCUUUCGACUGAUUUUUGUCCUACCACCAGCAUACCAGUUUUUCAUGGAGUGGUUUUACAUUUGUAUAUUUUUAAGGCCUUUCUUCCUUGGGGCAGAAAGGUAAAAUGCACAGGGGCAGAAUCGCUGCAUAAUAAAAUCUCAGGAAUUUUUUAGGAAAGAAGCUGAAACUCUUAUAGUGUUGGCCAAAGUGAACGUUACAUGAUCCUGAUUUCAAUCUCCAACCCUUUAUUAAUAUGGGGAAUUACAGUUUAUAUCAGUUAUUAGGCUCUUUAGAACCAACAUUUUAAAAUUUUAUGACUAUGGUGUACCAAGAUUUAAAAAUUACCCUCAGUGACAUUUUCAUUUUCAUGGUAGAAGUUACUUUUCUUCUGGUAUAGUAGAUACACUUUUUCAUUUAAGUACUUUUUGGUAGUUUAGAUGGACUUCACAGCUCUUGCAGCUUUUGGAACUGCUGUUUGAUUUCGUUCUGCUCACUUAACCUUAACUAUUAAUUUGGAUACCAUACCUAGAGUGGUUGUGGCUCCAGAUGUAGUGAAUACAGUGAAAAGAGCACAAGUGUUUGGCUAGCAUUUUAGAGCUAGUUAGUAGUUGGCGUUGUGUGAUAUAAGCAUCUUAGCAACUCUGAACCUUAGCUUAGUUUUCUUAUCUCUAAAAUGAUUCAUUGAUCAGGAUUGUUGUAAAGACUGAAGCCAUGUGUGUUUGGCAUAGCAAGGUCACAAUAAAUGGUAGCUAUGAUUAAUCUAAGAACAAAAUGCCAUCCUUGAUCUUGCCUAAUGAAGCUAUGGUCUAGCCUCUCCUGGAUGUUGUAACAAUCACCUAGACUUUGAGCUGGCAGCAGUGUUUGUCCGCAGACACUUUUUUAAAUUCAUUUGUCUAGGGAUGAAUUUUUAUUACUUUUCAAAAUAUAGGCACUAUAUGAUAGUCUGAAAGUAAAAACCCAGCACAAAAAAAAGACAAAUGAGGCCAUCUGUACGGGGAACUCGAAUUUUAAAGCAAGAUUCUAAUAAUUACAUUUUAAAAAGCAUUCAAGAUUUUUAUUGUUCCUAAUAUUAAUGAAGAAAUUCUGUGAAAGUAACAGGCUCGAGUGACAAUAGCACAGAAAGCAUAACAUUCAUAUGUUAGUACUUCUUAAGAAUUUACUAAACCUGCCAACUGUCCUUAAAAGAUGAAGUAGGGCUUUGGAAUAGAGAUGAUUCAAGAAUGUUUUCAAAAUGGGAAUUGGGAAACAAAAACAUGGCCAGGGAGGAAUUUGCGAAUUAAAUUUUACAGACCUUUUAACUACUGUAUAACUUAAAUGUGAUUGCUACUAUUCUGUUAAAUUGUAAAUUGAUAAAAUUUCCUCUGUUUCUAAGAGAAAUCAUUUUGUUGAAGUUUGAAUUGUAUAAGGGCUUUACAAUAAAUAUGUCCUCACUCUUUAA